GGUUUCCCGCGGCCCCUAGUAACCCUCCCACGCCCCUUUGGUCCUCUCCUCUCGGGCCCUGCACUCCUAGCAGGGUCCGCGGGUGCGAUGGAACUCGCAGCGAGUCGGCUCCGAAAUGCCUUCUCUAGUUGGGUUCUGGAAAGCAAAGCACCGGGGGACCCACCGAACUGUGGCGUCCCAUGCCGUGGUCUGCUCGCCGAGCCCCGGGCGCCGGGCGGCGAUCGUGCCGGGGCUCCCAAGCCGGCGCCAAAGCUGCCGCGGUGCCCAGGGGGCGCGUUCUUGCCAUCCACUUUCCACCUAGAGGAGCGGCGCGCCCUCGGGGUCCGCCGGGAAUCUGCCAGCUCCGCGUUCGCGGCGCCUGGACAACCUCGGGACUCAGCCAGGUGGAUGUUGUGCGUAGCGGGAGCCAAGUUGAAGAGGGAACUCGAUGCCACCGCAACAGUAUUGGCAAACCGGCAAGAUGAAAGUGAGCAGUCUAGAAAGCGGCUCAUCGAGCAGAGCCGAGAGUUCAAGAAGAACACUCCAGAGGAUUUGCGCAAGCAGGUAGCACCACUGCUGAAGAGCUUCCAAGGGGAGAUUGAUGCACUGAGUAAAAGAAGCAAAGAAGCUGAAGCAGCCUUCUUGAAUGUCUACAAAAGAUUGAUUGAUGUUCCAGAUCCCGCACCAGCCCUGGAUCUCGGGCAGCAGCUCCAGCUCAAAGUGCAGCGCCUGCACGACAUUGAAGCAGAGAACCAGAAACUUAGGGAAACACUCGAAGAAUACAACAAGGAAUUUGCUGAAGUGAAAAACCAAGAGGUUACGAUAAAAGCACUUAAAGAGAAAAUCCGAGAAUAUGAACAGACUCUGAAGAACCAAGCCGAGACUAUAGCUCUCGAAAAGGAACAAAAGUUACAAAAUGAUUUUGCGGAAAAAGAGAGAAAGCUGCAAGAGACACAGAUGUCUACCACCUCAAAGCUGGAGGAAGCAGAACAUAAAGUUCAGACUCUGCAAACAGCCCUGGAAAAAACUCGAACAGAAUUAUUUGACCUGAAAACCAAAUAUGAUGAAGAAAUUACUGCCAAGGCCGACGAAAUUGAAAUGAUCAUGACGGACCUUGAAAGAGCAAACCAGAGGGCAGAGGUGGCUCAGAGAGAGGCGGAGACCUUAAGGGAGCAGCUCUCAUCAGCCAACCACUCUCUCCAGCUGGCCUCGCAGAUCCAGAAGGCGCCGGACGUGGAGCAGGCCAUAGAGGUGCUGACCCGAUCCAGCCUCGAAGUUGAGUUGGCCGCCAAAGAGCGAGAGAUCGCCCAGCUGGUAGAGGACGUGCAGAGACUCCAGGCCAGCCUCACCAAGCUGCGGGAAAACUCGGCUAGCCAGAUCUCCCAGCUCGAGCAGCAGCUGAGUGCCAAGAACAGCACGCUCAAACAACUGGAAGAAAAACUCAAAGGACAGGCUGACUAUGAAGAGGUGAAGAAAGAGCUAAAUAUUCUGAAGUCCAUGGAGUUUACACCGUCCGAGGGAGCUGGGACACAGGACGCAUCCAAGCCCCUGGAGGUGCUGCUGCUGGAGAAGAACCGCUCGCUGCAGUCCGAGAACGCCGCACUGCGCAUCUCCAACAGUGACCUGAGCGGGUCAGCCAGGAGAAAAGGGAAAGACCAGCCUGAGAGUCGGCGUCCUGGACCUUUGCCGGCGCCCCCUCCUCAGUUGCCCCGCAACACGGGGGAGCAGGCUUCCAAUACUAAUGGUACACACCAGUUCUCACCAGCGGGGUUAACUCAAGACUUUUUCAGCUCAUCCCUGGCAAGCCCCAGCCUACCCCUGGCUUCUACGGGAAAAUUUGCACUAAACUCUCUCCUCCAACGACAGCUAAUGCAGUCCUUCUACUCCAAGGCCAUGCAGGAAGCAGGAAGCACAAGCAUGAUUUUUUCAACAGGUCCAUACAGCACAAACUCCAUAUCUUCCCAAAGUCCAUUACAACAAAGCCCAGAUGUAAAUGGCAUGGCCCCGUCUCCCAGCCAGUCAGAAAGUGCUGGGAGUGUCUCCGAGGGCGAGGAGAUAGACACUGCAGAAAUCGCCCGGCAGGUGAAAGAGCAGUUGAUCAAGCACAAUAUCGGACAGCGCAUUUUCGGACAUUAUGUCUUGGGACUGUCUCAAGGGUCUGUGAGCGAGAUUCUGGCCCGGCCCAAGCCAUGGAAUAAACUGACUGUUCGCGGCAAGGAGCCUUUUCACAAGAUGAAGCAGUUCCUCUCGGAUGAGCAGAACAUCUUGGCUCUUCGUAGCAUCCAAGGCAGACAAAGAGAGAAUCCAGGCCAGAGCCUGAACAGACUAUUUCAGGAAGUACCGAAACGAAGAAAUGGGUCUGAAGGUAACAUCACCACCCGGAUCCGAGCCUCAGAGACCGGGUCCGAUGAAGCAAUCAAGUCCAUCCUGGAACAAGCCAAAAGGGAGCUGCAAGUGCAAAAGACUGCAGAGCCCGCCCAGCCUUCUUCCACAUCUGGCAGUGGGAACUCCGACGACGCCAUCCGCUCCAUCCUGCAGCAAGCCCGCCGAGAAAUGGAAGCCCAGCAAGCUGCCCUCGACCCCGCCUUAAAGCAAACUCCACUGUCACAGACUGACAUUGCCAUCCUGACCCCCAAGUUGAUAUCCACCUCUCCCAUGUCCUCGGUGUCCAGCUACUCUCCUCUAGCCAUCUCCUUAAAGAAGCCCCCUUCCGCCUCUGAUUCCAGCACCUCUGCUCUGCCUAACCCCCCGGCCCUCAAAAAGGAGUCCCAGGACACGUCUGGACUGGACCUCCAGGGAGCAACCGACUCAGCACAGGGCGUCCUGCGACACGUGAAAAACGAGCUGGGUCGCAGCAGCGGGUGGAAGGACCACUGGUGGAGCACUGUGCAGCCGGAGAGAAAGAGCAACGCUCCUGCCGAGGAAACUAAGGUCGAAGAAGCCGGCAGCGGGAAAGAAAAAGGCAGCAACAGCCAGGCACGGGCUGAGCGCAGCCAGCUCCAGGGACCCUCCUCCUCUGAGUACUGGAAAGAGUGGCCCAGUGCAGAGUCACCUUAUUCCCAGAGCUCUGAGCUGAGCCUAACCGGGGCCAGCCGCAGUGAGACGCCCCAGAACAGCCCUCUGCCCUCCUCCCCGAUUGUGCCCCUGUCCAAGCCCGCCAAGCCCUCUGUCCCUCCACUGACCCCUGAGCAGUAUGAGAUCUACAUGUACCAGGAGGUAGACACCAUCGAGCUCACUCGGCAGGUGAAAGAGAAGCUGGCCAAGAAUGGAAUUUGUCAAAGAAUCUUUGGAGAGAAGGUGCUGGGCCUGUCCCAGGGCAGUGUCAGUGACAUGCUGUCCCGGCCAAAGCCGUGGAGCAAGCUGACCCAGAAAGGCCGAGAACCCUUCAUCCGGAUGCAGCUCUGGCUAAACGGCGAGCUGGGCCAGGGUGUCCUGCCGGUCCAAGGACAGCAGCAGGGGCCAGUCCUCCAUUCUGUGACGUCACUACAAGAUCCUCUGCAGCAGGGCUGUGUAAGCUCAGAAAGCACGCCAAAGACCUCUGCCAGCUGCAGCCCUGCACCCGAAUCACCAAUGAGCUCUAGUGAAUCCGUGAAGAGUUUGACCGAACUGGUCCAGCAGCCCUGUCCCCCCAUUGAAACGAGUAAGGAUGGCAAACCACCAGAACCCAGCGACCCACCUGCUUCAGACUCCCAGCCCAGCACCCCACUGCCUCUCUCUGGACACUCAGCCCUCAGCAUUCAAGAGCUGGUAGCCAUGUCUCCAGAGCUGGACACCUAUGGUAUAACCAAGAGGGUCAAAGAAGUGCUGACUGACAACAACCUUGGUCAGCGCUUAUUUGGGGAGACCAUCUUAGGGCUCACCCAAGGCUCCGUCUCUGACCUCCUUGCUCGCCCGAAGCCCUGGCACAAGCUCAGUCUGAAGGGACGAGAGCCCUUUGUCCGAAUGCAGCUAUGGCUGAAUGACCCCAACAACGUGGAGAAGCUGAUGGACAUGAAACGGAUGGAAAAGAAAGCCUAUAUGAAGCGGCGACACAGCUCAGUCAGCGACAGUCAGCCCUGUGAGCCCCCCUCCGUUGGCAUUGACUAUAGCCAAGGCGCAAGCCCCCAGCCCCAGCACCAACUGAAGAAACCCCGUGUAGUGCUGGCUCCUGACGAGAAAGAAGCUCUGAAACGAGCAUAUCAGCAAAAGCCAUACCCGUCACCAAAAACCAUCGAAGAACUCGCCACCCAGCUCAACUUGAAAACCAGCACUGUCAUCAACUGGUUCCACAAUUACAGGUCUCGGAUCCGCAGGGAACUGUUCAUUGAGGAGAUUCAGGCCGGGAGCCAGGGCCAAGCCGGGGCCAGCGACUCCCCAUCGGCCCGAAGCAGCCGGCCAGCGCCCAGCUCCGAGGGCAACAGCUGUGACGGCGUGGAGGCCGCCGAGGGCCCGGGCGCCGCGGACGCUGAGGAGUCGGGCGGCCCCGCGGCCGCCACCAAGUCUCAGGGAGGGCCUGCCGAGGCGGUCGCGGCCCGGGAGGAGCGAGGAGAGGAGGCGCCAGGGCCGCUGGAGAAGGCGGAGCCGCCGCCUUCGGGGACCCCAGUCCCGGAGGACGCCGAGGAGGGCCGCCCCCGGGCACCAGCGCCGCCCGAAGGUCCCGCGGACCGCCCGAGGCCCGUGCCAAACCCCGCCGCCGCCGCGCCCGCAGCCGGGGAGGACGCCGCUACCUCAGCCGCCCCGCCGGGGUUGGGCCCCUGUCGGGCCCGGGCCGGCGCCGACAGGAGUUCCGCUUUGCCAAGCACCAGCGCGCCGGCGGCCGCCCGCAGGCCCAGCUCGCUGCAGAGCCUCUUCGGCCUCCCCGAGGCGGCGGGCGCCAGGGACUCGCGCGACAACCCCUUGAGGAAGAAGAAGGCCGCGAACUUGAACAGCAUAAUCCACCGCCUGGAGAAGGCCGCCAGCCGCGAGGAGCCCAUCGAAUGGGAGUUCUGA